CUUACUAUUUGACUAUUUGAGUAGCACUACUCUAUCUGUCUUGACAUCGGUCCCUGAUCUUAUGUGUUGCUCAUUUUAAUGAUCGUAAAGUGGCUUGGAACCAAUAGUACAUUGUACAGUCCUUCGAUCCUUUAAUUAUUACAUUGCAACACGGGCAAGCAUAAAUUUGAACAGACCUACUACAACGCAUAGAAUUAAGGCAAAAGUGUGGUCAAGUGGCCAAGGGGACAAACGAAGCAAGCUAGACCAGGCACGAUAAGCCAAUGAUGCGCCUAAUGCUGCGUAACCGCAAACUGCUACUAACGGCCGCGGCUGUCCUAUCCGUGGUGAUCCUUUGCUGGAAUUGGACAAACUUCGGGAUGUCCUGCUGGGGCGACAAACGAGACGACGGGAAGCUGGGCUACAUGGUGCGCGAUGACGAGGUGGGCUCUGACAAUGGCUACCGGUACCAUCGGAACAUGCCCCUGAUCUUUAUUGGAGGUGUGCCACGAUCCGGUACCACGCUGAUGCGCGCGAUGCUUGAUGCUCAUCCAGAAGUGCGCUGCGGACAGGAAACGCGCGUCAUUCCGCGUAUUCUCCAACUUCGGUCGCACUGGAUGAAAUCGGAGAAGGAGUCGGUCCGGCUGGUCGAGGCUGGCAUCACCAAGGAAGUGCUGAACGGUGCCAUCGCGCAGUUCUGUCUCGAGAUCAUCGCUAAGCACGGCGAUCCGGCGCCUCGCCUGUGCAACAAGGAUCCGCUGACGCUCAAGAUGGGUUCGUAUGUGAUAGAGCUGUUUCCGGAGGCUAAGUUUUUGUUCAUGGUGCGCGAUGGGCGUGCUACCGUGCACUCGAUUAUCUCGCGCAAGGUCACGAUCACCGGCUUCGAUCUGACCAGCUAUCGGCAGUGUCUGACCAAGUGGAACCAAGCCAUCCAGACCAUGCAUGAACAGUGCAAGGAGAUCGGCAGCGAACGCUGCAUGAUGGUGUACUACGAACAACUGGUGUUGCACCCGGAGGUGUGGAUGCGAAAGAUUCUACACUUUCUCGACAUCCCCUGGAACGACUCAGUGCUUCACCACGAGGAGUUUAUCAACAAGGAGAAUGGGGUCGCACUGUCGAAGGUGGAACGUUCUUCGGAUCAAGUGAUCAAACCGGUCAAUUUAGAAGCACUCUCCAAGUGGGUUGGCAAAAUACCGAACGACGUGGUACGUGAGAUGGCCGACGUGGCCCCGAUGCUUUCGGUGCUCGGCUACGACCCGUAUGCCAACCCACCCGACUACGGCAUACCGGACACGUACGUGCAAGACAACACCUACAAGGUACGAUCGAAUUCGCAACUGUGGGAACAUCGAGUGAAGGAGUUACUAGAUCGGGAUGCGCACGGUGUAAACGCUGAGCACGAGCACCCACACAGACUGAAUGGUGCCGAUGAAGACGACUACGGCGACGGCAGCAAGGAUCGCAAAACGUGAUGGGGAUUGGACGAAGAGCGGUUGUAAUUUGUAGGAGAGGCACCUUACUUUCUCUAGCGACUGCAUAGCAGCAUCCCAAAGAAAUGAAGGUAAAAUGGAACCUUUUUUACCACGGAAUAAAGCUGCGAAGAAACGAACAAUGUAGAAACGGCUUCGUUUCUGCGCGUGCCCAGCAACUCCAUCGCUAGCAGCAAUAUCCUGUUUUCUUGUUUUUUUUUAUUAGUUUUGUUUGCAAAUUUUGUACGAAAAAGAUAAAAAAACAAAAACCACUGAUCGCAAAACCAAGAAGUUAGUGUAGUAGUAAGACAAAGUGAAGCAAACUGAACGAUCGAACGCGGAAACACUAAUAACUUAAAGCGAAAAACCCGGGAUAGUGACUGAGAUAAUGGAAAACCCGCCGCGUUUGUUCAAUGUUGUUGUUUACAUCAUCCGUCUGGUGGUUAGUUCAAAUGUUAUGUCUAAUAUUUAUAUUUAAAAACACACACACACUAGCAAAUCGUAAACGGUAGUAUAAAAGCACACUAGUAUGCUUUCUUCAGUUUUAUUUUUAAAAUUUUACCUAGCAAGAUUUUUGCAACCACAAAAGUCUUAUUAAAAGCAACCUUCCUUAGUAGCGGAAAGAAGAAGGAAACGAAACACGGAGAAAUUUUGUUUCAUCUUCUUUCCCUCGAUUUUCAUCUCUAGUUGACCUGGGGGUGAAUAACUGUUUGUAUUGUAUAGCUUACCAUUGCUAAAGAAACCCUUUGAGUCAAUCGCCACAGUAGAAUGUGAGUGAUGUCCCACAUACAUGUGCAGAUAGUGCAACCGAUAGGCAAAUAUAUGUGUUAAAAAGACUGCAAACUAGGAAAUUGGGACAACCGGUUAGACAACCGGCAAUCAAUUAAAAAUCUAAGCGCCAACCCAAGAAAUAAAAAACGCAAUAUUGAAUCGUACAACGCGAAACAAUGAACAAUACACAUUACAACGCACAUCGUUAGUCAUGUAGUCAUAUACAGUUAGGAAAUUUAUAUUGCAAUCGAGCGCCUCUUUAUAUGGACUAUAACCAGGCAAUAACAAAAGCAAAAAAAAGAAGACCUGGUGGCGUAUAUGAGUUUGUCGGUACGUUGGAAAUGAGAUCCACGGUUAGCAACCCACCCUAACUGAUCGAAUGCGCUUAUAAACAAACGCAAAGGCAAAUAGACAUAAGUACCAAUUGCAAACGGCAUACGUUUCGUGAACCACACGCAAUGAAACAAUCACUAGCAGGCAGAAUAUAAUAUGAUCUGGUAUGGAAUAUUACGGUUAGAGCAAUGUUCAUCCGAAUGGCAGGAACAUUGGAGUUUAGUGAACCGAAAUUUUUUUGAACACAAAUCUCAAUCUAGAUCACAGAAAUCUUUGAUUUCUGGUUUUACUUUGAACGUUUGCUCCUCGCAAGACGCAAGAAACGGAAGCGUUGUACAGUACGGUACCAGUGUAGUGAUAAUUUUAAAAUGUUCACUUGAAUUCAAUAAAUCGAUAGCAACAAAGCAAAGCACACAAACGAAACUAAUGCCAAAACUACAGACAAAUUUAGUAGUGCGGUAUUCGGGUUUUUGCUACGAUCCGCUUCAUGGGAGGAAUUCACGAAAACGCAUUAGAAAGCAGAUGCGAGCAGAAGAAAUUCGUUUAGAAUAUUUAGUUCGGAGUUUUGUUGAGUUUACAUUUUUAUUGAAACAUUCCAGAGUUUUCUAUGCCGCGAGCGUGAACUGCACAACGAAACUAUCGUCGACCAAUUGACAGACUACUCCGACGUUACUAUACUUUAUAUCAACCUUAGGGAGAGUAUUGAAAAUUAAACAUCAGGAAUUGUUAUCUUGAGAAACACAAUUACCAAUGCCGCCAUUAUUGAAACGAUUCGUUUUUUAGUAAACCUGAUCAACAUCCGAGCUUGGAAGCACUUCACUAGGAGUCUAUUAUGUAUUGGCCGCACAGUGACAAUACGCAAUGGGUUUCGCCGUUUACUACGAGUUGUGUUCAUUUUUUAGCCUUUCUAAUUCAGAAAAAAGACCAGCGCAGCCAGAAUAAUGAAGGGGUUUGGUGAACAUUUAUAUCCACUGACCCCUCAGUAAAAAUUUCAUGCUCCUGUGUACAACACGCUCCUUGUGGGCAUUGACUAAUGAAGAUGAAAAUUUUGCUCGUGCCGAAAAAAUGUUGGACAAAAAAUUGAACCAAGAGUGAAUGUUGUUAAAACUUCGAAAGCCCGUGUCGGAACUAUGAAACGGAAAAGUUAUGAAACUUUGAGCAGGGUUUACGGGGAAGAUUGCCUACCCCGUGCCACAAUUGUUUAGUGGUACAAACGUUUUAAGGACGUUACGUUGGGACGACGUUGAAGAUGAUAAGCGCCCCGGGUGGCCUGUGACUUCAAAAAGUGGCUUGACUACUCCAAAAAGAGACGGAAAUAAUAAAAAAAAAUCAUUGUUCAAGUAUUAGGGCCAUUGUUGGGUUUAAGUAUUAGCAUGUGGGCUUUAAUAAAGAAACAAUGAGACAAAAAGUUACCAGUGAUGUGGAAAAAGAACUACUGGGUUCUCUAUCAAGACAACGCACCGGCUCACAACACCCACUAUGUCAACGGCAGCUUCGGUCAAAAACCCGAUCCCGUUAUGGAAUACCCGUCUUAUCCACCAGACUUAGCAUUCUGCGACAGUUCCUCCGUGUAACGCACCCGCCAGGAGUCAUUACAGGGCACAAAACAAGACUCGGCGCAACUUGGUGAAUAGUGGCGCCGAGUAGUUUCGUUUCGUCCGUUGAAAGAUGACCUGUAGCGUUACAUCGUGGAACAUUUACACGGAGCGGUGUAGAGCUGCGAAAGGAGAGGUACACUGAAGGAGGAAAUUUAAAAAAAAAACUCGAAAUAAAAAUGUUUCAGUAACAGUCUGGGAAAAUUAAUUGCCAGACAUCGUAUAUGUUCUAUUGAACUUUUUUGAACUGCUGUAAAAAACCCUUUUUUCUGUAAAACUGGUAGUUCUUAGAGAGCUAAUACAUUGUCAUUGUCAAAAUAUAUGUAGGUUUGGCGAAAAUGUUUCGGUCCGAAUUAUAUGAUGAAUAUGAAGGUAAAAUGAAGAGUCUCACAACGUU